GACACAUUCAUCAGAAAAUAAACUGAAUAAUUUUUCUUGAUUUUUUUCAUUCAUUUUCCAAGGAAACACAUACAAACUUAAACACAGUUCUAAACAAAAUCAACAGAAAAUAACAGAAACACCCACGGCGGAAUUUUUAGGAGGAGGUAGAUCCAGAUCGGAAGGGAGGGAUCCCACCCACGAGACCAGGCUCCGUUCGUCUCCUUCACUACCCUUCCCAAAAAUCCCUCUGUUCAAGAGAUUACCUAAAGCAAGCAAGAAACAGACACAGAAAAAUAAGCCUCUUUUCAAUCACCGUCGACCUCCAAAGAAUGUUCUCCUUCGUCAACACCACACCACCUUCAAAAACAAGCCAAAACCCCCCCUUUUUUCGGACUUAUCUCCUCUGUUUCUCUUUUUUUUUUCUCUUCCGUUCCCCCCCACCUUGUAUUCUGCUUUUUGCUCCAUAUAUAUACCCAAAUAAAAGAUAAAAUAAAAAUAAAUAAUAAUAAAAAAAAAAGGCCUUGCUCUGUCAAUCAAUGAUGAAGAUUUUCUGGCAUGUACUGUAGCGAGCAGAGGCAGGGGUAUGGCUCGGUGCAGAGGGCAUGAUUGCUGGCGCAGAGUGCAAGCGUGCAAGCAACGUGGGUUCGGCGCAGCAGGCGGCAAGGGCUGGUUCGGUGCAGCAACAGGGCGCAGAGCAGGAUCGGUGCAGAGCAGGAUCGGUGCAGAGCAGGGGGCGCUGAGCAGGGCUAAUUCGCGGUGUGUGGGGGGGCAGCAGUGCAGGGGCGCAGGCGAGCAAAGGGGCUUGGAGCAGGGCAAGAUUCGGGUAAUUGGGUUGGACUUGUAAAUUCAUUUUGAUGAACUUCACCCCUCCACCUUUUGAUUUCUUCAAUUGAGUCCCUUGUCUUGAUUUCCUUUUCCAUUUGCUUCUUGAAUUUCCCCUUUUUACACCUGAAAGAAAAAUGAAGAUGCAUUAGUUAA